AUGGUGCCAUAUAAUCAUUCCAUGUCCAAUGACCUUCAAAAUCUUCUUUACUACAGAGACAAGCAAAUAUACCAACUUCAGCAAGAACUCAUUCAAUGUCAAAAAAGAUGCAUUAAUUAUCAAACCAAAUUAAUGAGUCUCACUCAUUCUGAUCCAGAUAAAUCUCAAAAUAUCACGGAGAUUAUUAAGAUCGAAGAUUUAUCUGACAAUACUUCGAGUUUGGGAUCUGUUAUGGAGGCGAGCGACUUGGUCCUAAGGAGUAACCCAAAACUUUCAGACCAAUCAUCCCAGGGCUUGGGUUCUGUUAUAGAAGCAAGCGGGAACCUAAAACAUUCGGACGAAAUAUCAAAAGUAUCCAACUUUUCAAAUAAAGAAUACGUUAAAUGUGUUGACUUAUUUAGCACUGCACAAGACGACUUGGAAUACCUCCGUGCUUGUCGUGCCUACGUCUCAAGUGUAACUGAAGAGAUUACUCGUUGGAAACUAGAGGAUGCACUUGAAGUUAAAUUUGGAGACGUUUUGGACCUUGAUGUCAUUCCCGGAAAGUGCUGUGCGUUCGUUCAAUUUGCCAGCAAAGGUGCUUGUGAUUUGGCAAUCAAGGUAGGCUUCGUCACUGUCCAGGGAAGAAAUUUGAGGAUUGAAAAGUGUAAGAAAUUCAGAACCGAUUACUACAAAUAA